AUGGCAUCAAACUUCGAAAAGAGGUCCAAGAGGUAUAGACCUUCGUCCACUGGUUUCCCACUUCAAGGAGGACGCUUCGUCAUGGCAUCCCUUAACAAACUUGCCAUUCGAGGUAUACGAUCUUUCGAUGACAAACAUGUUCAAGUAAUCGAAUUCUAUUCUCCGUUGACUGUGAUAGUAGGACAUAAUGGAAGUGGGAAGACUACCAUCAUCGAAUGUCUCAAAUACGCUACGACGGGUGAUAUGCCUCCCAACACAAAAGGAGGCGCUUUUGUCCAUGAUCCAAAAAUGGCAAAUGAGAAAGAAGUGAAAGCUCAGGUCAGACUUCGAUUUUGGAAUGUGAACAGACAAAGAAUGACUGCAACUAGAAACUUGCAAGUUACAACAAAGAAAACAGGUGCUCUGACAAUGAAAACUUUGGAAGGUUUAUUAGCUAAAACUGAUCCUGACGGUGGUGAAGGAAAGAGGAAUACAAUUUCAACGAAAUGUUCAGAAAUGGAUGAAGAAGUACCUUUAUUAUUAGGUGUAUCAAAAUCAAUUCUGGAAAAUGUCAUUUUUUGCCAUCAAGAAGAAUCGAAUUGGCCUUUAUCAGAACCUGCUGCAUUGAAAAAGAAAUUCGAUGAUAUAUUCGAAGCUACAAAAUAUACCAAAGCUUUAGAUAAUAUAAAAGCUCUAAAAAAAGAACGUACCCAAGAGUUGAAAGUUGAUAAAGAGAGAUUGAAGUUCCUUAAAUCAGAUAAAGAUAAAGCUGAACGUAUGCGCAAAGAAUUACAAGAUGCUAUCAAUCAAGAGAACUCCAAGCAGACCGAUCUGGAAAACCUCAAAGAGAAACUUGAGCGUAUCAAAGGACGCAAUGCUGAUUUUUACAAUGAAGCAAGGGAAUUUAGAGAGAUCUUCGAAAGGUCAGAAUCGCUAAAAGAUAAGAAGAAGAUGUAUGAAGAAAAUAGACAACAUGCUAUGAGCACCAUGAAUGUCAUGAAUGAAACCACUGACGAACUACAUCACAUGCUCAACAAUUUCGAUGCUCAUCUGCGAUCAAUCGAAGGAAAGAAAGCGACUCAAGAAUCACUGAAAGAUAAGGAAGAGAGCGUUCUUGAGGAUCUACGGAACAAAGAAAGGAAUUUGGCAAGUAAACAAGGUGGUCUACAGGCAAAUCGAAGAAUGUACGAGAAAAAUCUGCGAGAGAGAGAAGCUGUCAUUCGAGAAGUGGCUAAAACUCAUAAUUUUGCUGGCUUUGAUUAUUCCCCAUUGGAGGAUCACAAGAUCAUGGAAUUCGUGGAAAAGAUGCAUGAAUUAGUUAGAAAAGCCGAAAACGAUUUGAAGAAACUUCAGGCGGAGAAUUCGCGUAACGAAAGAGAAUUACAAACCGAGUUGGACAAACUUGCUAACACGAAAGCGUCAGCUGUCGCUACCAAGCGAAGCAAGCAAGAUCAAAUUGGCAAAUUAACCGAUAAAAUUCGACAAACAGAAGCAUCCUUCGAUUCCGUUACCUCCCUUGAUGCUGAAAUAUCGAUCUUGCACGGUAAAUUGACCGAGAACGAAGAGCAGAAAUCAAGACUGGAAGCUGAGAUAAGGGAGUCCCGAUAUGAUGAAAAAAUCAGAGAGAAAGCAAUGUUGGUUAGGCAGAAAGAAGCUGAAAGGGAUAAAAUCAAUUCUGAGCUUUCAGCUUUAAAUAGACAAGCUGAUUCAAGAGCGCAAUUGAGCAUCAAAAGGAGUGAAGUAGGAGGUAAAGUCUCACAAGUUGAUAGUAGUGUCGCUACUCACGCAACUCGAUUUAAGGAGCUUGUCGGCACAGACAUCGAUGCUGAGACAAUGGAAGACAAGAUAGCCUUGGCAUCGGGUCGUAAAGAUCGGGAGCUGCAUGACGCAGAAGCCGCUUCUGCCGCAGCCAACCGAAACGUUUCGCAACUUCAAACAUCGCUGAACAUCGCAAAACAAACACUGAAAUCGAAAAAGGAUGAGCUCAGCCGAUUGGAAAAGUCUGUACGAGAUGGACUCGCUGCAGCGGAAACUGACAAGGCCAGUGUCGAUGAAGCUGUAGAUGAGGCUGCUGAGGAAGUCGAUUUCAGACGAAAUCAAAUUGCCAAUGCUCAGCAGAACAAGGCUCUGUGGGAGAAGUUCCUUUCAGUGGCCAAAACUAAACAUAAAUGCUAUGGUUGUGAUAGGGAGAUCCUGCACGAGCAAGAGAGGACGAUAAACCGAUAUGUUCAAUCACGUAUCGACUCGUACACACCUGAAGGACUGAAAGAGUAUCGAGAAGAGGAGGAACAAUGGAAUGGGGUUUUACAAUCUCUUCGGAGACUUCAACCCGCAGUUGCUCAGUGUGCAGACCUCCGAGAGAACCUUAUUCCCACCCUGGAAAAGCAAGUGGGCGAAGAAACUGAAGCACUGGAUAAGGUUCAGGAGGAAGUGGAGGAGGCUAAAACCAAAGUUCAAAAAGCCAAGCUUGCCACUCGAGAUCUACAAAACCUAAAAUCGGCAGCCGCAUUAGUAUCGAGAACUUUGACUGAACUCAAAGAUCUCAAAACAGAUAUUUCAAGACUUGAAAGGGAUUUGGAGAGCACAGGCUCUCUCAAGACUGUUGAAGAAGUUCAAAGGGAAGUCGAUCAGGUGUCUGCGGAGAUUAAGAAUUUUUCUAGGGAACAACAAUCCCUUUCAUCGGAAAAAGAGCUCAAGAUGAACGCCCUCAGAAGUGCGGCUGAUGACAUUGGACGAAAGACCCUUAAGAUGGGUGAACUGAAAUCCCAGCAAGAGAGAAGAUUGAGAGAAGAAGAGGCGUUGAAAGAGAUGAAAGAAGGCUUGGAGGGCUUAAAGAAUGAGUUGAAGGAGCUUGACACGUCUGCCCAAAAUGCCGAAGCGCCCUGGCGAGAAAAGAAUGAAGCCUUGAAUAGGUAUCGAGCUGAAAGACAGAAUACCGAGAAUGACGCGAGUCUUCAAGUAGGAUUAUAUCAAUCUAGUAUGGGUGAAAUAGAGAAUAAACAUCGAGCGUGCCAAGCAUAUGUAGCAGAAGGAAAUGAUCGACAGAUUAGAGAAGUCGAAGCAUCUUUAUCGGAUAUCAAAAGAGAAAUAUCAAUUGCUCAUGAUGCGAGAUCGACCAUCGAAUCUACUAUAGCAUCACUAUCUUCCGAACUGAGUAAAGCUGAAUCUCUAAAAGGUAAUAUCAGCAAUAAUCUGAAAUACAGAGAAGAUGGAAGGAAAGUUACAGAAGUUCAAGAAGAAUUAGAUGGUUUAGACUUGGAAUCUGCUGCCAAGAGUAGAAAAGAUUUCAGUGAGAAAUACAGGGAUAUGAUGGACGAAGAAGAAGAAGUUGGUGGUAAGGUUCACCUCUUCUCAGGUCAACUAUUAGCUAUGACUGAAAAUCGCAAGAAAACGGAAAAGACCUUGAAAAGUGAUUACAAAGAUAUCGACAAGCAGUUCAAAGAUCAGCUAAUCAAGACCAAGGUCAGUGAACAUGCUAAUAACGAUUUGGAGAAAUACGGGAAAGCCCUGGACAACGCUAUUCUGAAAUAUCACUCGAUUAAGAUGGAUGAGAUCAACGAUAAUAUCGGUCAUUUGUGGAGCAAGACCUAUCAAGGAACAGAUAUCGAUGGGAUUCGUAUCGUAUCGGACCACGAUGAAACCACAUCUACAUCAACGAGGAAAUCAUACAAUUACCGAGUAGUCAUGGUGAAAAAUGAUGUCGAGUUAGAUAUGAGAGGUAGAUGUUCAGCAGGACAGAAAGUCUUAGCUAGUAUAAUCAUCAGGCUGGCUUUGGCUGAGAGCUUCGGUCAAGGUUGCGGAGUACUAGCUCUGGACGAACCUACUACUAAUCUGGAUCAAGAAAACAUAAACGCAUUGGCCGAAGCGUUAGCAGAGAUCAUUCGAGAAAGAAGAAGACAGGCGAAUUUCCAACUGAUUGUCAUUACUCACGAUGAAGGUUUCUUACAGAGAUUAGCUGCUCAUGAUGUUUUAGAGUAUUAUUGGCGAGUAUCGAGAGAUGCUUCUCAGAAGAGUAUAUUGGAGAGGCAACGAGUGGCGUAG